AUGAUCCGUUGGCAAACGAACUAUUACCUUCGUGCCUGCGGGCGGCGAUCAUCAUUAAACGCCUGGGGUGUAUCCCAUCGGCCAUCCUCACUCAGGAUUAGGGGGAGAUUUCAGCACCAAGCAAACUAUGCAACUGAUCCGCAACAAUCCCCGAGGCAGCAGUCGGCCACGUUGCCCAUCCUGGGGACGAUUGUCGCUACCGCGGCUGUAACGCUCUUUGCGUCCGAGGCUUGGCGCGGAAGGGAAGCCUCCAAAACGCAGGACAUUGCUAAAGAUGUUCAAUCCGGUCCAUUUCAAUCCGGAUCAUCCAAAUAUGCGGACGUCCCGACGAUGCUUCGGGCCGUCGAGGAAAUCAAGGCAAUCAUCGGACCCGAUAAUGUAAGUGUUGACGCCGACGACAUUGAAAUUCACGGAUACUCCGAAUGGUCCACGUCCAACACCACCGCACGACCGAUUGCGGUUCUCAGUCCAGCCACGACAGAGGAAGUAUCCGCAAUCGCCAAAGUAUGCACCAAAUACAGGGUUCCGAUGGUGCCAUUCGGCGCCGGAUCAAGCGUCGAAGGGAACUUUGCAGCUCCUCACUCGGGUGUCUGCAUUGACCUGUCGCGGAUGAACAAGGUCAUUGAGCUGUACGAGCAGGACAUGAAUGUGACGGUUCAAGCAGGUGUGCGAUGGACGGAUCUAAACGAGGGGAUCAAGUCUACUGGGCUGUUUCUGCCCAUGGACCCCAGUCCUACUGCGUAUGUGGGCGGUAUGGUCGCGACAAAUUGCAGUGGCACGAAUGCGAUGCGCUACGGGACGAUGAAGGACUGGGUGGUUAACCUCACUGUCGUGCUUCCGGAUGGAACAGUGAUCAAGACGAAACGGCGGCCGCGCAAGUCUUCUGCUGGUUAUAACUUGAACGCGCUCUUUACUGGAUCGGAAGGGACUUUGGGGAUCAUCACGGAGGCGACGCUCAAGCUUGCUAUCAUACCCGAAGACAGCAGCGUUGGGAUUGCUACUUUCCCCACAGUCGGUGACGCAACGGCCGCAGCAUCGAAGUUGAUCCGUGACGGUGUUCCCCUCGCGGCGUUGGAAUUCAUGGACGACGUGCAGAUGAAGAUCAUCAACCAGAACGGUGGCGCAGGUGGGAGGUUUUGGUCGGAGGAGCCGACCCUCUUCUUGAAGUUCACCGGAUCCCGCACGGCAAUCGACGACAGCAUCCAACGCACAAAAUCCAUCUUAACCAACAACAAAGGCAAAGAAUUGGUAUUCGCAAAGUCCCGCGAGGAAGGCGACAAUCUCUGGUCGGCAAGGAAGCAGUCCCUCUGGGCCAUGCUGGCUGUGAGACCCGAAGGAACCGAAAUCUGGUCUACGGAUGUGGCUGUACCGAUAUCGCGGCUGGCUGAGAUUGUUGAGCUCUCAAAGGCCGAAUCCAGCAAUCUGGGUCUGUUCUCCACGGUUCUAGGCCACGUCGGAGACGGCAACUUCCACCAAGCGGUGAUGUACAACCCCCAGAGUCCAGAACAAUACCAGGGUGUCAAGGCGUGUGUCUCAAGGAUGAUGAAGCGAGCGCUUGAAAUGGAGGGAACAGUUUCUGGCGAACAUGGCAUCGGAUUAGGAAAGAAGGCCUAUCUCGAGGAGGAACUCGGUACACCAACGAUGCAACUAAUGAGGGGACUGAAACGGAGCAUUGAUCCUCAGUACGUCACUCCUGUGUUCUCUCUCAGUCGCUUACUAAUUUUUUUUAGCUGGUUAAUGAAUCCCGGCAAGGUCUUCGACGAACACUUUGAAGGAUAG